AUGGUGUCGAAGAAGCUCGCUGCAUGUCGAGCAGACAUACCGGCGAUGCUAUCGCAGGAACAGCGAGACAGCCUGGUGUACAAACCGCAGUGUCGUCAGCGAUGGGGUGAGCGACAUAUCGAGGGAGCGGUGUCGCCGCUGAAGGCUGAAGAUAUCGAGGAGUUCCUCACGGAAUUCGCGUGGCUUAAGGAAAAGGAACUGGCGCUCGAGUGCCUUUUUGAUGGCGAAUUCGACGUGCCAAAGGCUGUGGGGCUACUGCACGCUGCUCGACGAGAAAAAUACAAAACGCGACACGACCUGGACAAACGACUACCAUUUGAAGCGCUCAAUGAUGCUGUAGCGGCGCACGGCAAGAAAUUUCACCUCGUGAAGCAAGCUCUCGGAGAGAAGGUGAUAACCCGCGAAGUCGUGAGUAGAUAUUAUUUGUGGAAACGCACAGAUGAUUUCAAAAAGUGGUCGAGGCAUCAGAAGGCAACGAAGACGAGGAAGACAAAGAAGGAAGCAGAGAGACUGCGCCAAUGGGUCGACGAAUCGGAUCCCGAAACGGAGACAUUCGAGGUCUAUCAUAAUCGCCACUGCGAGCUGUGCGCGACAGGAGGUAGUCUGUUGUGCUGCGAUGGAUGUCCGCGCGCUUACCAUGUCAGCUGUGCGCAGCCGCCGAUCACAAGGCUGGAUAAAGAGGAAGACUGGUUCUGCUCACACUGCCUGGAGGAGUUUGGAGGAAUUAAACCGAAGCUGGUGCCCAGCAGCGAAAACGAUCAGUGCAUGGUUUACGUUCCAUCAUCAAGUGUCCCGCGCUCAUUGAUGGAGUCAAUGACGGAUGCUAGCAGCUACGAGGAAGAGGACGAACAAGAAGACUACUCGGACGACGAGAACGAAGACAACGCCAAUGGUGAAUCUAGCGGCGAUAGUGACAGUGACGACUACGCCUCCAAAUGUCAUAGUCCCAAAGAGCUGAGCUUGAAUGCUGCAAAUUCCGGAAGUCUGACAGACAACGAGUCGGAUAGUCCCAGUGCCAAAACUCCGUCAACUUCACUUGCAAGCGGCAAUGCCGGAUGCAACAAAUCAGAACUGAACCCUGGCCCAGUGACGCAAUUAACCCCCGCUGCACAACAGAAUAGCAACGAGACCACUGCACCUAGCAGCACUGCAUCGGCGGAACAAUCUGUAGACGCAUCUCAUAUUGGGGCGAGGAGGACUCCUGUCGUGCAGGGCUGCAACAACAUUGUUGUUCGAGCUUACAACAGCAUUGUUGGAGUUCGCCACCACCGCCGACGGAACGCUGACCGGAACUGGAAUGAGCUGCGGCACCUCGACGGGAACGGGAACCGGAAUAGCGAUCUUCUUGACUUUCUUGACGACUUUCUUGACGUGGUGGUGGUGGUGAUCCUUUCUGCUCUCAUCGUCUUCCGUUGCUUGGGUAUCAGCAUUGACUCGUAG